AUGAAGAUUCAAGACAAAGCUACCUCCGUCCUCCAGCGAACGGCUCAUUUGCUGCGAGCACAGAAAUCCUCUUCCCGCCAGGCUGCUGCCGAGGUUUCCGAGCCCAUUUGGUUCCGCGUCAUUGCCCAAAACCCUCCCACUCAAAACUUUGCCUACAAGGCCCACAACCUCGAAAAGUACCAAGAAAAGAGCGCUGCUGAGAAUUCGCCAUCGCUCGAGGCUCACCCUCAGACCGGAUUCUAUAAGACCCGCAAUUAUAUUAAGCGCAGCACAAAUCCCCGCCAUCUUUUUACUCCCCACAGCAUUGACUACUUUGAGGAUAAGAUCAGAGCCCUGUUUUACGAGCAGCACCCUUGGGAGCUUGCACGCCCUAAGCUUGUUGUUGAAACCGACGGUAAGGAUUCUUUGCGAACUGACUGGAGCAAGCUCGAUCAAAUUUCCAAGCGCCUGGAUGGUGAAUCGGUAGUCCAGCGCACCCUUUAUCUGCUGGAGAAUGAUCCCAAAUAUAAGGAGACCGACUCCUGGUUGCCUGCUUAUGACAAGGCACGUCUCGAAUACUACAGACUUAGAAUACGACAAGACACACGAACCCAGGUCGCAAUGGAGGAGGCUACCAUGUUUGGUGCUGUCUUUGGCAAGUCCGAGCUCCAGAAGGGCUUCGAAAAGGAAGAGCAGUACAUUGAGAAGUGGAACAAGGAGGCCGUUGAAGAGACUAAGAUCAGAAUGGCCCGGAUGGCUACACCUGGCGGUGCAGCAGCUGCUUCGGAGUAA